AUGUUGGUGUUUCUUUUUUUUAUUGAAACCAUUGGAUUUAAUUGUCAGGUAAUUUCUUCGGUUCCAUUUUAUUUAAAAGAAAAAACUGUAGGAAGUAAAUGUUUUCAAAUCAAAGAAUCUCCAAUAUUAGUUAUUGCAAAAAACUCAUGUAUUUAUUUUCGGGAUAGUUGCCACUCAGUUAUUACCAUACACAGAGAUGGUGAUUAUGAAAAUUUUUCUUGGUACCAUAGAAAUGAUUCAUUCUUAAUCAUUCAACGCCCAACAGAUAAUUCAUACGUAACACCUCUAUCAAUUAGUAAGACACAUUCGUCUAAUCCACUUACUCAAUUUAACGGAUUAUAUGGUACUUUUUAUAAGAUAAAACAGAACGGAGUUAUUAGAGUUAUUGGAGUUUCUUUUAUACCAUCUGAUUCAGUAAGAAAACCAGCAACUAUUAUUACAUUUCAAAACCACUUUGAUAUUGAUGAAAUUCAAGUUGGAGAAGUUGUUUUAACUAUUAACAAAGAGGCGACUGUAUUUGUUGGGUACAAUAAAAGUGAAAGUGUUAUUGGAGUUUAUACUAAAAGUGAAACAGUUAUUGGUGGAGACUCCUGUAAAAAUGCUACAGAAAUAGAAUUUCCUACAAGCAUUGUUGAUUAUAAAAGAAACUUUGGAAAGAAUGAAGUAUGGUAUAAAUUUAAUGGAAUAGAAGGAAGAAAUAUUACUGUUGAUACUUGUGCAAAUGAAAGUCAAUUUGAUACAUCAAUAAAAAUAUUUGAUUCAUGUAAAGAAGAGUUGAUUGGUUCUAAUGAUAAUGCUUGUGGUGCACAGUCUAAGAUUACUUUUUUAUCAAAGAAUACUGAUUAUUUUAUAGUAAUUAGUCAUGGAAUUAAUGCUACUGAUUUUGAUGGUACAUUUAGAUUAAACAUAUAUGAUAAUCUCCCUCUUAUUAAUAGUCGUAUUGACCAAGCUAUUCCAAUUCAACCAUUCCAAGUUAUAAGAACAAAUAAUAUUCUACCUGAUGAUAGUAACAAACAGAGAAGUAUUUAUUUUACUUAUUUACCAUUAGAAAAUGGAAACCUAUUAAUUAAUAGUUGUGAUAAAAUUACUAAUGUUGGAAAUGAUUUCAUAGUAUAUUCUAAUGGGUCUUCAACACUUUUAAAUAAAACUGAUAACACAAAUGUGUGUGGUGAGUUUGGUAAAUACCUUCAACUUCAUGUUUCUUCAUCAGAGCCUAUUAUUAUUGAAAUGAAAACAACUGGAGAUGGCUAUGUUCAUAUUGAAGUAACAUUCCAACAAGAUGGAAUAAGUUAUGAUAUAGAAUAUUUGGUUAAAUGGGGAUUGACGGUUUGUGUUAUUAUCCUUGUUGUAUUGAUAAGGCAUUAUAAUUGCUAUGAAAAUAAAAUCAAAUAUGAUAUGUAA